GUAAAGUUUGUUGGCACUCACUCACAACAUAACUCACUCACCCAACACCCUUCUUCUUCUUCUUCUUCUUCUUCUUACCAUCAUUUAUUAACAAUCUUAACAAGCUCAACCAUUUCUUUCUCUCUCUCUCUCUCAAGAAGAAGAAGAAGAAGGAGAGGAGAAUUUAGAAUUCCGAAUAUGUCAUCUAAACAGACGUACAGCGUGUGCUUCUGCUGCCGGCGGCGUUUCAAGCUUGCGGCGGCGGAGGCACCGCCGGAGAUCAAGUCUCUGUUCGGAAAAUACUCAGACGACAACGAGCUCAUGACAGCUUCGCACCUUCAGAAGUUCAUGGUUGAGGUUCAGUGCCAACAAAACGCCACUGAAGAAGAAGCUCAAGCCAUCAUCGAUAGCCUCAAGCAUUUCCACCGAAAGGGUCUCAAUCUCGAUGCUUUCUUCAAAUAUCUCUUCAGUGACUCCAACCUUCCCUUGCUUCCUUCUCUUGGAGUUCACCAUGACAUGAAUUUACCCUUGUCCCAUUAUUUCAUAUAUACCGGACAUAAUUCCUAUCUAACUGGGAAUCAACUUAGCAGUGACUGCAGUGAUAUCCCCAUCAUAAAGGCACUGGAGAGAGGUGUAAGGGUCAUUGAAUUAGACAUUUGGCCUAAUGCAUCGAAGGAUAAUAUCGAUGUUCUUCACGGAAGGACAUUGACUACUCCGGUUGAGCUUAUCAGAUGUUUGAAUUCUAUCAAAGAACAUGCCUUUGUUGCAUCAGAGUAUCCAGUUGUAAUAACAUUGGAAGACCACCUUACUCCGGAUCUUCAGGCUAAAGUAGCCAAGAUGGUAGCUCAAACAUUUGGGGAAAUACUAUUUUCUCCUGGAUCAGAAGCCUUGAAGGAAUUCCCUUCUCCUGAAUCACUUAAAAGGAGGAUCAUUAUAUCAACCAAACCGCCUAAAGAGUACCUUGAGGCAAAGGACAAAGUCGAUGAUCCACAGCAGGAAAAAGCUUCAGGGGACAAUCCAAAGCAUCGAAAGGUUUCAGGCGAUGAUGAAGCUUGGGGGAAGGAAGUCCCAAGCUUGAAAGGUGGAACUAUUGCUGAUUACAAGGACAAUGAGGAUGAAGAAAAUUUUGAUGGCGAGGAAGAUCUCGACGAAGGUGAUAAGUCAUCACACCACAACGAAGCUUCAGAAUAUAGACGUUUAAUUGCCAUUCAUGCUGGGAAGCCGAAAGGUGGCAUAACUGAGUGCCUCAAAGUGGAUCCUGAAAAAGUGACACGUCUAAGUUUAAGUGAGCAACAACUUGAAAAGGCUGCUAUGACUUAUGGAAAAGAAAUUGUCAGGUUUACGCAGCGGAAUAUAUUAAGGGUGUAUCCAAAAGGUACUCGCAUCGAUUCAUCAAAUUAUAACCCAUUAAUUGGAUGGAUGCAUGGGGCUCAAAUGGUUGCAUUUAACAUGCAGGGAUACGGUAGAUCUCUUUGGUUGAUGUAUGGAAUGUUCAAAGCCAAUGGAGGGUGUGGUUAUGUUAAAAAACCAGAUUUUCUGUUAAAGAAUGGUCCAAAUGGUGAGAUAUUUGAUCCUAAAGCGAAGUUACCUGUGAAGACUACUUUGAAGGUGACUGUUUAUAUGGGAGAAGGAUGGUAUUAUGAUUUCGAGCAUACACACUUUGAUCAAUACUCACCUCCAGAUUUUUACACAAGAGUGGGGAUUGCUGGAGUCCCUGAUGAUACCGUCAUGAGAAGAACUAAGGCGAUAGAGGAUAACUGGGUGCCUUCUUGGAACGAAACUUUCGAGUUCCCAUUAACUGUUCCGGAACUUGCACUGCUUCGAAUUGAGGUUCACGAGUAUGAUAUGUCUGAGAAGGAUGACUUUGGUGGCCAAUCAUGCCUACCUGUUUGGGAGCUAAGAAGCGGCAUUCGAGCCGUUCCACUGUAUAGCCGCAAGGGAGACAAAUACAACACUGUGAAGCUUCUUAUGCGCUUUGAAUUUUAUUGAUUUUGUGGAUCCUUCUUGCCUACAUUGUGUAUAGCCAUCAAAAUAUGUUCAGGUAAGAGUUUGUAUGUAGCAGUUGAAUGGUGUUGUGAAUAAUGCCUUUGAGAAAUGAGGUAUGUUGGUGUGUUAUGUCCUGAACAGUGCAAGUUUCUACGUAAUAAGAAAUUGUGAUUUGAUGGGAAA